UGACAUAGCAACAGUGGGAUGAAAAGCUGUUUGAACACCGCGUGGAGUUGAAACUUGCGCUGUGGUUUUUAAAUGUGCAUGGUAAUUUUUGCUCCGAUUUUUGCCAUCUGUGCUUUUGCAACAUGUGGGGGCUACACUGGUCACCUGGAGGUUAGAGUGGACUGUGCAGACAGGAAACAGAGCAACCUCAGCAUCAAUGUUGAUUUUGGUUAUCCUUUUAGACUACAACAGGUCCAUUUCCAAGCUCCCCUGUGUGAGAAGAAUCGACAAGAGACCCUCUUCUUAACAGGAGAUUCUUCCCCUUCCGCUCAGUUUUAUUUGACCGUCGGGGUACUUGCCUUCCUGUACUCCCUGUUGGCCACAAUCGUCUACAUCUUCUACCAGAACAAAUACCGAGAGAAUAACAGAGGCCCCCUGGUGGAUUUCAUCAUCACAGUGGUUUUCUCCUUGGCGUGGCUUGUCAGUACUUGCUCUUGGGCAAAGGUUCUGUCCGACAUCAAGACGGCCACAGACCCAACCCAGGUGCUCCUGCUCAUCAAUGCCUGCCGAGCCCAGACCAACAUAUGCGCGGUCACCCAUGAGCCCGUCUGGUCCCGUCUGAACACAUCAGUGGUGUUUGGCUUUGUCAACUUAACCCUAUGGGCUGGGAAUAUUUGGUUUGUCUACAAGGAGACCGGCUGGUAUAAGACAGGUCAGAGAUACCCGACCAGGAGUGCUUCUGGGAAACGCGCCAACAGCAUGAGGCAGCGUCUGUACAGUGAGAGCAGCUUCGACCAGACGGCAGACAGUGAUGACCGCCGACAGCUUUACAGACAGCAGAGUAUUGCUCUGUCUGAGGGAAGUCUUGACCCGCAAAUCUACAGACAAGGUAGCCUCAAUCAACCAGUUCAAAGUUUAAGCUUGCCCCAGACUCGACUCGGCCCCCCGAUGGCGUACAGCCAGGGAAGCCCCACCAACUCCAAAGGCCCGGUGAUAAUUGUUGACAAGAUUUAGGUGUUAGAUUGGGAGAUGGUGGACUGCCAAACAGAUCGGUGCCAAAAUGAGAGGCCAUUUCCUGGGCAUUAUGGUGACACAAUGACACCCAACUUGGUAGCCUAUACUAGUCUUAGUACUCAUGUACUCUUGGGAUGUUGGUCGUGUUAACAGAUUCAUUUCUCUGUUGACAUCCAACAUUAUCCAGGAUUUACAUCUUCACAUUUAAAGGUCCAUAAGUAAAUAAUACACAACAAACAAAUUAGUGAAUGGUUGAGAUUGGUGAAAGGAUAGAUUUCCUCAUAUUUAAUACCUGAACAAUUGUUUAUUAAAAGCUGUUGCUUUCUUUUCACCAUAAUUUAAACGUGACCAUUCUCAUUCAUCUGAUAUAUCUAACACUUGCAAGCAGAUAUAGCCUCAACUAUAUCCAAACGGGAAGUGAUGAAUAAAUCAUGUAGGGAUUCGCUUUCAGCCUAAUCUGACACAUUAUCUUGGAUUAGAUUAGGGAUUCCAUAUUAGUUAUUUAUUAAUUUCUGCCAUAAUUGGCACAUGAGGCCUGAAAUGGUAAACAAAAUAAUUGUUGUGAUACUUGCAAGCUAACACACUAUUGUUAUGGUGAUUGUGUUUUGAACAGCAAAUAAGACCAUAGAACUGCAUUGAAAAGGGAUACAUUGGUAGGUAGGCGAGUCAACCGCUACUGACAGCUAUAUUUAUUUAUUUGAAUAAUAAAAGUGAUUAUAAAUGUUGUUGUUUUGCAUGUGGCCAAUUUUGUAGAAAUUAUUAUUGUUCUGGGGACUCUUUUAUUCUGAUAACAAACAUGAAGUAGACGGGAAAGGUUUUCAUUGACCCCAUCAGUGUCAAUGCACCAUGUAAGAUAUGAUCAUGUAUCUUCUUCUUGCCAAUUCUAAAAUAUGUUUAUUUUAAAACAAAGUAUAGGUGCUAAACGGUGUAGCUAAUAUUUAAGAGCUAUAAUUUGAGUCUCUGUAGGCCGCAAUUUAGAUGUAGCCUAUUGUAAGCUACAUCUGUAAAAAAAAAAAAAACAGUGUAAAUAUAUUGAUAGCCUACUAUACCUACAUUAUCAUGUCAAGGAAAAAAAACAAUGAUCUUCUAAUGUGUAAUGAUACAGGUGCUCAAUAAGCGAAGAAAUUGGAUUUCAAUGUAGAGUAAUUUUUUCUUAGUUUUAGCAUACAGUAUAUAGUAUACAUAUUAUGUUGCUUAUUUGGGCCAUUGCAGUUACUUCCAAUAUCCAAAUUUUAAUGUUUAUUAAAGAUCGUUAACAUUGCUGACCUGUCUGUUACCCACUGUCUAAGAUGUGUAGUUUGAGGAGCUGAUCAAAGAAUACAUGAAUGUGUGUUGAAAAUG